AUGCGCACGAAGUCAUAUCGAAACUCGGCCUGGGAAUCUUCCUGGGCAUCUCUUGGCGGAGCAUGUAACGCUGCACCGGCAGUAUGCUCAAUGCGAGAAGGGAGGAUGGACCUGUUCACCCUUUCAUCGACUAACGAGCUCGCUCACAAGUACUACGAGAAUGGGCAGUGGGCUUCGCUGAGUUCUGGAUCAGGCUGGAGUCGCCAUGAUGGGUAUGUUGCCAGCUCUUUGGCGGCUACUUGCAGAGGGAACAACUUUAUGGACGUAACAGUAUAUGGAAAGAAAAAAGCUCCAUUUCAGAUAGCCUCAAAGCAUUGGAAUGGAUCUGAUUUUGAUAAAUGGAGUUCACUGGCGGGCCACUAUAAAAGCAACCCGUCAACUAUCGCGAUGGCGGAGAAUCGAACCGAUUUCUUAGGCUUAAACAGUGAGAAGGCCAUGGUUUAUCUCUCAUGGGGUGACGGAGCAGACAUCAGCAAGCUCAAAAUAGCCGACAUUGGGGGUGAGUCUCAAUCAGUGGCAGAUUUGGUUUCCCCGCGCAGUGGGAGGUUGGACGCCUUUGCAGUUGGGAGUGAUUCCAAGCUCAAACAUAAAUCGCUCGUGGGCUCGGAAUGGGGUUCCUCAUGGGAUGAUCUAGGAGGCGCGUUCAACUCGGCUCCUUUGGCCCUCUCGAUCGGCAAUGACUCAAUAUUGGUGUUUGGGGUUGGGCCCGAGGGGAAAGUUAUACACACCAAGUUACAAAUUGGCUCGGAAAACUCCAUGAGCGCCUCUGACUGGUUCAGCGACGGGGGCUCUCUUUCUGUACAGUGGCUUUCAGCGGGACCGGCAUAG